AUGAGAAAAAAGGGCGUGGGCGUGGCAAGCUCGACAAACGCCCCCUCCGUCUACCCCAGACUUGUGUCGUGUGCAGCUAUCAUGAAGGGAUGUUUAAAGUGGCAGCACUCUCCCUCGCCGAGUCCCGGGAUAGAGUGUACCCAGUCACACAAAAGCGUGGCUUUUGGAGCGCAAAUCUGUGAACAGGUGUAUACAGCGGACGAGUGGGAUCGUACCCCUACCGAACCCGCUCGAAAGCUGUCAUAUCAGGACCUCCUCGAGCUCAAAGAAAUCCAACGCUCACUCCCACACGCAAACCAGCCAGCAGACCCGCUCUCGGGCAGGGCAGGAUCACACUACCUCUCCGCCGUACCCAUCGGGCUCUUACCCCUCCUAGCAGAAAACAACAGUGACUCAUCAUCCUCCUCAUCGUCGCAAAGCUCCUCACCCGUCACCUCACCCUCACCCACACCCAACUGGUCCUCCCGCUUCUCACCACCACCCAGCACCAGACAAGCGCCUCCAGCCCCACAGCAAUGGCACCCACCCCACCUCGCCCACCUCCUCCCCGCACGCCCAACCCCGCAACGCCAAAAACCACGAUUCGCGUUUCUGCCGUUGUUAGAUACACCGCCUACCUCCCCGUAUCCUUCUAACCCACCCUCACCCUCCCGAUCGCCUUCACCGGAUUUACAUUCAGACGUGGACCCGCCUACGCCUUCUCUGACGAAUGCGUCGUUGGAUAGUAGCCCCGUAUCGCGCGCGUCGUCUUGUUCGCCUGAGCCGCCUUCGUUGAGGUUGCCACCGCCUAUCAAAGCGCGGUCUCCUAUUCCUAUUCCUUCUAUCUCUCCUGGGCAUCAGUUUAGCAAUAAACAUGGAGGAAACGAUUCGUAUUUUCCCACUUUCCCUUCUUCCACAACUUCGGGUUUGGCUUCAGAUGAACCACAACCGGGGAUACACCCCUCCCUGGCGAUGACGAUGUCCAUGAGGCUUCACGCGGUACCUUCACCGAAUUUGGUCCCUCCCUCGCCUUUGUCGCUUGGUCCUUCGUCCCUGGGAAAUAUCGUUCCACCGCUUAAACCUCAGAGGAAGAAGAGGAAUUUUAUUGUGGUUAAUGAUAUUGAGAUUGAACUUGACGAUGAGGAGGAGGAGGAGGAGGAGGGGAAGAAGGAAGAGGAGGAGGAGGAGGUACCGAAGUCGUCGAAUGUUGCUGCGCCGGUUCCAGAAAAACCAACAACGAAUCGCUCACCAGAGCCAUCACCCCCCCUUGCCCUUCCUCCGUCCCUCUCUUACGUAGCCACGAAACCCCAACUCACCACCAUCCCCCCAAUUUCCAUUCUUCCUCAGCUCCCAUCCUCUCCCCCACCACCCACCACCAACCUCAAAAUUAAAGCUGCAUCCGCGCCUGCUUCCCCGGGGACGGGGGCGCUACAUGCGCCUAUUUGUUUCAAGCGACGCAGUCCUCCCCCUUCGUCUUCUUCCUCCUCUUUGUCUUUGUCAUCAGCAUCAGGAACGCCAUGGUCUCUCAAUCUUUACAUUUUAUUCUGGGGUUUCUGUUUGGUUUGAUUUUUUUUACUUCUAUCACCACCAGCCCGAGACGAUACUAUAUUCCAUUUCCAUUUUAUUUGCAUACUUCGUAUUUUCAUUUG